AAUACGCAUAAAGAAAUGCCAUCACACAAACUCUCUCUCUCUCCCACUUAAAACUUUUUCCUUCAUCUCUCUAGAAAAAACCUCAAAGAAACUCAUUUCCUGGUUCCCCAUAUUCGUUUUUCUUCUCUAUUUUUUGUGGGUUUUCUUGUCUUGAUUCUUCAAGAUCUUUGUUUUAUGCAGUUGCGCUCUUUAUGUUGUGUGUAUGUGUUUUUCUUUCUGUCAAGAAAUGAGUUGCAUAUUUGUGUAUAGUUUUGCUCAGUCUAUAUCUAUAUAUAUUUAGGCGAAGAAACUAGAAAGUGAUGGAUACGGAAUUAGAGGGCUUUUCGAUGCGAGGAUAUGUGUCGAGGAUGAGAAGUGUUAACGUGGUAAAAUGCUGGCCUUUCGACGAGACUGAUGAAGAUGUUGUAAAAUCGUUGCUCCCUCCGAUCACUCUCAAGAAAUUUACCUGGUGGUUCGAUGUACUCGAAUUGUCGCGUUCAGAAUCGAUUACAAGCCUCCAAAACUCGAAAAAGAAGAAGAAAGUUCAAGAAAACGGAGAAUCAUCGCUUAGACGUCAAGAGAAUAUGGAAGAAUCAGAUUUAGAUGCUGAAGAAUUCAUAGGAGUAGCAGCAAAGUUGAAGCCUUCAAGGGGGAAGGUGAAACCAAGGGCUCCAAAGAAAAGGUCUAUAAAGGAGCUUUUCGCGGUGGCGCCGCCUGUGGAUAUAGUUAGUAGCGAGGAGGAGGACGAAGAAGACUUUCUCGAUUCCAAGGAAAUUAAAUGGGGUCUCAAAGGAAAGAGGAAUGAGAAGAAAAAGAAUAACAAAGAGAUUUUCUUAAGCAAGUUGAAGAAGCCAAAGAAGAUUAACAAAUUCAAGAAGAAGAAAAGCAAUAAGGCGAUGGAUCUACCAGUUGCAAAUAAGGAGAAUGGGGUUCUCAUGAUAGAGGGAUUUGAGCAGGUUACAAGAGGAAGAGGGUAUGGUGUUCCAGCUGUGCUGUACGGGUUGGCCACCAAUUUUUUAUGA